AAAAUGACAUUCAAAUCUGCCACGUGUCCCAUUACCUCCUUUACCAGCUCCAACCUUCCCCUCCCGUAAAGCCCGCCCACACCCUUCCUUCCCUCCCUGUCCUGUAUAUAUAACCCAAAACCCGGCCCUUCGUUCCUAUCAGGAGUCACCAAUUCCUUUAUUUAUAUCUCACAAUCAAUUUCACACUCACAUCAAAAACAACAAAAUUCACAAACACACACACACACACAGAAAUGGAAAAUCUAACUCUCACAGGAUUGUUGAACAAAGCCGCGUUGGAAUUCCCAACUCGCCGAGCCCUUUCCGUCUCUGGAAAACUCGAUUUGACUCACUCCCAAUUACAACACCUCGUCGAUCACGCCGCCUCUCUCUUACUCGCCUCCGGAAUCCACGCCGGCGAUGUCGUCGCUCUCUCUUUUCCCAACACUAUCGAGUUUGUGGUGAUGUUCUUGGCUGUGAUUCGAUGCCGAGCCAUAGCGGCGCCGUUGAACCAGGCUUACACGGCGGAGGAGUUCGAGUUUUACCUUUCCGACUCCGAGUCUAAGCUUUUGAUUACACCCAAAGAAGGACUUCAACCGGCCCAAUCCGCCGCUUCCAAGCUCAAACUCCCUCAAGUGACCGCCGCGCUCUCAGACGGCGCGUCGAGUAUCAGUAUCGGCAACUCUGUUUCCACCGAUUCCAACUCCGAGUCUGGUAAGGAACUCGUGAACGAUCCGUCCGACGUGGCACUCUUCUUGCACACCUCAGGCACCACGAGCCGACCCAAGGGCGUGCCUUUGACUCAGCUCAACCUAGCUUCUUCGGUCCGGAACAUCAAAUCGGUGUACAGACUCAGUGAGUCCGACUCGACCGUGUUGGUCCUACCUUUAUUCCACGUCCACGGGUUAAUCGCCGGGUUACUGAGUUCACUCGUUUCCGGCGCCGCCGCCACUCUUCCAUCCGCCGGCCGAUUCUCCGCUUCAUCCUUCUGGUCCGACAUGCGCGCUUACAACGCCACGUGGUACACCGCUGUCCCCACCAUCCACCAAAUCAUCUUGGAUCGCCACCUCAGCAAACCCGAACCGUCGUACCCGAAGCUCCGAUUCAUUCGUAGCUGCAGCGCUUCCCUGGCUCCAAUAGUGUUGGCUCGGCUCGAGGAAUCGUUCGGCGCGCCGGUUCUAGAAGCUUAUGCGAUGACUGAAGCUUCACAUAUGAUGGCUUCAAACCCGUUGCCCGAAGAUGGUGGGCACAAAGCCGGGUCGGUGGGUCGACCCGUGGGUCAGGAGAUGUCGGUUUUGGAUGAAAAUGGGGUCCCACAAAAGGAAGGUGUUACCGGUGAGGUUUGUAUUAGGGGACCCAAUGUGACAAAGGGUUACAAGAACAAUCCAGAGGCUAAUAAGGUUGCUUUUCAAUUCGGGUGGUUCCAUACCGGUGAUCUCGGGUUUUUGGACUCCGAUGGGUAUUUGCACCUUGUGGGUCGGAUCAAGGAGCUCAUUAACCGUGGAGGGGAGAAGAUAUCGCCAAUUGAAGUUGAUGCAGUGCUUUUACUACAUCCGGAUGUUGCUCAGGCUGUUGCCUUUGGAGUCCCUGACGAUAAAUAUGGUGAAGAGAUUAACUGUGCGAUAAUUCCUAGAGAAGAGUCGAAUAUAGAUGAGGCAGAAGUGUUGCAAUUUUGUAAGAAAAAUCUUGCAGCUUUCAAGGUCCCCAAGAAGGUUUUCAUCACUGAUGCUCUUCCAAAGACUGCUACUGGCAAGAUUCAACGCAGGUUGGUAGCAGAGCAUUUCCUUGCUCAAAUCUCCACUGCCAAAGUUCCUAAGUUUGGAGCUUGAUGAGUUUUUCAAACAUCAUUUGUGGCAUGGCUAUUAUAGUUCAAACGGACUAGUUUCUAGUGCUUGAUAUUCAAGUAUAACAAAAUUCUCAAUGAUAGGAAUAUGCGGUAUGGUUGGUUGAUUUAAUUUGAGCUCCUCUUCAAAUGGUUGCUGUAUUACUUUUUCUUUAGUAAAUAUGAAGAAUGAAUUUGUUCCUAAAUUCUUUUGACAGCUGUUAUUUACAUGGUUGAAUAAAAUUAUGAGCAAUUUUUACAAUUCA